CCAAACUCACUCAAAAUAUCUUCUUUCUUCUUCAUUCUUCUCAAUAUCUCCAAUGGGGUUUGGUAGAUCCUCUUCUUCAUCUUCUUCCUCAGCUCUAAAAUGGCUAGGUUUCGUUACUGCCGUUUGGGUCCAAUCCAUCUCCGGCAACAAUUACACCUUCUCAAAUUACUCCGGCGCACUCAAAUCCCUAAUGAACCUCACUCAGUUAGAACUCAACAGUCUCUCCGUCGCUAAAGACAUCGGAAAAGCAUUCGGAAUCCUCGCCGGACUUGCUUCCGAUCGUCUUUCAACUCCCGUGAUCCUUCUCAUCGGUUGUUUCGAAGGUCUUCUCGGUUAUGGUGUACAAUGGCUUGUCGUAAGCCGCACGAUUCAACCUAUACCUUAUUGGCAGAUGUGUGUGUUUCUCUGUAUGGGAGGGAACAGUACUACGUGGAUGAACACGGCGGUUCUGGUGACGUGUAUACGAAACUUCCGGCGAAAUCGUGGUCCUGUUUCAGGGAUUCUUAAAGGAUACGUUGGUUUAAGUACUGCGAUUUUUACGGAUCUCUGCACUGCUCUGUUUACCUCUGACCCAGCUUCGUUUCUUGUUCUUCUCUCCGUCGUGCCUUUCGCCGUUUGUCUCACGGCGGUUUUCUUCCUCCGUGAAAUCCCUCCGUCUACUACCUCCGACGAGGAUAACGAAGAGUCUAAAUACUUCGCCGUGUUUAACAUCGUUGCGGUUAUUGUUGCUGUGUACCUUCAGUCUUACGACAUCAUCGGAAUCAAAACUGGAGCUUUCUCAAUCGCAUUCGCUUCCAUACUUCUCAUUCUCUUAGCUUCUCCUAUCGCCGUCCCUUUCCACGCUUUUAUCCGAAGCAAAGAUCACGAUGAACAAGACGUAGAAGGACGAAUCGAUGAACCGUUACUGAGAUCAGGAUCCCAGAUUGAAGUGGAGGAAACAAUCGUAGGUGCUGCAGCGGCGGCGGAUAACGAAUUGCCACCGUCGCUUAAGCCGUUAAAUAACGAGGAGGUAGAGAAUCACGGAAAUGUGGUGACGACGGAGAAGAAAAGACCGGUUCUUGGAGAAGAACACACCAUAAUGGAAGCGAUAUUGACAGUUGACUUUUGGGUGUUGUUUGUGUCGUUCUUGUGUGGAGUAGGAACUGGUUUAGCAGUUAUGAACAAUAUGGGUCAGAUCGGGCUUGCGCUUGGUUACACUGACGUCUCCAUUUUUGUAUCCAUGACUAGCAUUUGGGGAUUCUUUGGUCGGAUUCUCUCGGGUACUAUCUCCGAGCACUUCAUCAAAAAAGCUGGAACACCAAGACCAUUAUGGAAUGCAGCAGCUCAGAUCAUUAUGGCCGUUGGAUAUCUACUGAUGGCUUUAGCCAUGCCCGGUUCACUCUACAUUGGUUCAAUGGUGGUUGGGGUAUGCUAUGGAGUCAGAUUAGCUAUAACCGUACCAACAGCAUCAGAACUCUUCGGUCUCAAAUACUAUGGACUCAUCUACAACAUUCUUGUACUUAAUUUGCCUCUAGGAUCGUUCCUCUUCUCGGGUCUACUCGCGGGUUUACUCUAUGAUGCUGAAGCCACACCAACUCCUGGUGGAGGCAAUACGUGUGUAGGAGCUCAUUGUUUCCGUAUGGUCUUCAUUGUAAUGGCGUUAACUUCCAUUAUUGGAGUCGGUCUUGACCUUUUGCUUGCGUAUAGAACAAAGGGGAUCUAUGCGAAGAUUCAUGCGAGCAAGAAGGGUAAGAAAUCUAGUGGUAAUCUUCGAUGAGAGUCGAUUUGCUUUUGGUGACAAUCAUUUUUUGGGUAUCUUUAGUUCUAUAGUAAGCGUAGAUUUGUUGUGUCUAUUUUCCAAAGCAUUUGUGUUCAGUAUUAUUGGAAGGGAUGAUUGUAUUUGUAUGUACACUUAUGCUUGCUAUAUAGUUCAAGCCGGUUAAGUGUGCUUAACCAGUUGUAUGGUUUAAAGUUCAGAUAAUGGUAAAUCAAUAAUCCACAAUUUC